CAUGGUCAGAUUUAUCCGCUUGCGAAAAAAAAAAAAAACUUUGCUGCUUCUGUCAGCCAGCGCGGCAGCCUUGGCCUGCCCUGACUAUCAGGAAAGGGAAUAACUAUGUAUGGUUGCCAACAAGGCGAUCGAAAUCACGUGAUUAUCACGUGCGGUUCAUGAGGAAAGUGAUCAAGCUCUUGCAUCCAAUUGAAGUCCUUUGAUUUCACCAAUGCCACAACAACCUGCAGAUAGCGACGAUGAAUUUCCAGACGAUAUCGGGCAGCUGGACUUGAGCAACGUCCCGGGUCUUCAGGAAAUUCCGGUCACAGCUUCGAUCAGGCGUUUGGAUAAUCCGAGUCCUCCUCCCACCGUGAUCGUACCAACGCCGCCAUCACAACCAUCCACGUCAUCCCUGCCUUUCGAGUAUGACUGCGACGAUGAGAUAGAUGAGUCAACUAUCGCCGCUUUGGAUGCUCUUGAAGCACAGUUCGCACAUGGUCAACCUCAACUCGAGGCUUCUCCUUUGACUGCUCAGCCGUUGAUUGGUACUCGCGCUGAUGACCGCAAGCGCGGACCGCCGUCACCGCAAACAUCGCCCGCCAGUAAAAAAGGCAAGACUCAGACAAGUGCCGAAGAUAGCCUUGAUACAACAAACAACAUACUCGAGGGAUUCGAAACCGAGAUUAUAUGUCCAAUGUGCGUACUGAUACCUGGUCUACCCGCCUGCGAAAUGAUGGUUUCAAAAACAUGCAGAUGCUUUGAUAUCAUGGUCGCAGCACACCUAUGCAACCCCUGCGGCCACAGCUGCUGCGGGGAAUGCGCUCAAGGGUGGAUAUCCCAGAAUAAAGCGUCUCCGGCAUGCGCAGUGUGCCGCGCUGCGUUGUCUACGACCAAACCACUUCUUCCUAAUUAUUCCCUUGACGCUGUAGUCCAGCAAUAUAUCCGUGUUCUUGUCGUCAGCGGACGAUCAGAAUGGCAGGAGAAGGGAGACAGGUUAGCAGAGUGGAGGAAGCGUCAUGACAAAUGGAGGAGAAUCUCCCAAGCGAAUGCACUAGUGGUAAAGGCAAAAGAAAAAGCUCAUCAUACAAGGCGCUAUCAAGGCGCUAUCGUUUCUUACAUGCCACCGGUUUAUGAACCUCUCGGAUCGUAUUAUGAUGACGAAGAUGAUGAAGAUGAAGACCCAACCUAUGAAGACGAUGAGAUUGUGGAGAUUUUACCGCACCGAAGAGUACUGAGACGGUAACCGACGUUCGUUCCAUAGCCUAUAUUCUCAAACGGACCUCGUUCAAUAUCCCCUAUCGUAAUUGUUACUUGUAGUAUCGUAGUCGUAGUUCACGUUGCCUGCCAUUCGCGAUAUAUCGGUUAAUAGAUUCUUGCAGCCAGCAGGUCCG